UUCUUUUUCCCAUUUACACGCACGCACACACACACAGGCACGCACGUAAAUACGCAUCGUUCUUUUUUCUUUUAAUUCGGUUGGAAAUUCAGUCGCGCACAGUAUUCGCCUCGGAGGCUGCUGUGUAGGUGUGUCAAAAGUGCGAGAGGGAAAAAGCUAGCCGUCAAUUUUUCCGUUGGCCAAAACCACCCAUUUUCCGUAGUGCGUUCCGCUGUCAAAUCGCUGGUGUACCGUUUACCACACUGAUUUCUGUUGCUGGUGGGUCGGAGAAAGAACAGCGACCUUUACAAUAAUAGUAAGAGCAACAAAAAAAAGCGCACACACCGCUACAAAGGGCUACAGGUAGUGCGCAUUCUCUCUCUGGCUGGCGCCAUCGCGUAUAUGUGUGUGUGUGUGUGUGUGUACGGGUAUGUGUGCGCGCGCGGAAUAGUGAGCCCGUCGGUUAUUUGGUCUGUUGGGCUGAAGGCGGUUGUGUGUUAUUUCCCUCCUGUUGGUUGCGUUCCUGCGUUGUGCUGCUGCACUCCAAAAGGCACCCAAAAGUUGCAUUCCUUUCCGGGUGGAAAGAAAAAUAACGCAGAAAAACGGGGUUUGUUGUUGCUGCUUUGCCAACCCAAGUACGAGCACUCUGUUGUAAAACGGGGGGGUUUUAUAUCGUGCGGAACAAAUCGGUGUGUGUGUGUGCUGUGUUUUUGUAGUUUUGGCUACGGUUCGUUUUUUUCAUUGUUACGGUUGUUGCUGUCCAUCGCUGCACCAAUGUGAAAGGGGUGUAUUUGUAUGUGUGUGCGUGUGUAAGCAGCAAAGGGCAACAGCGGCAGCAAUAGGAAACGAAUCGUAGUAGUUCCCCCCUCCCCUUUGCGGGGUUAAACGGGUACGCGGUAGCGGGGAAUAAAACGAGUGGCGGGAGGAAGGGUAAUCAUUUGUUGCUUCGCUACAACCAACCCCUUCUUGGUCAGCCUACACAUACUAGCAUACCACUACACCAAAGCAAGCAAGCAAACUACCAAACAAGCAAGGUCUCUCUACAUCCAACCGAGGAAUUCGUCCCCAGUGCUCCGAUGAAGAGCGAAACAUUAGCCCUGUACCAUCAUCAUUACCGUCAUCACGAUCAUACCCAGCAUUGCCAACCCUACCAACCCUAUCAGCCCUACCAGCAUCAACAACAACAGCAGCAGCACCAGCUCCAACAACCCGGCAACACCGCAUUCGAACGUUCCGAUGGCUGCUUGCUGUGGCUCCACGGUCAACUUUUGAAUAAUAUCGAUUAAAGGUGUAUGUGUGUGUGCGCGACUACAAGGUGCCACCGAUCAACCCCGUUCCGGCCAAACCUUGCACAACCCCAAACGGAUGUACAAGCGUGACACUGCAUUGUCGUUGCACAGGUGGUUGCAAAUAGUAGACGCUGCACACACGCACACAUACACACACACACACUCUGCAGAUGCAUUUCCUUCCUGUCACAACACGGUGCAUUUUGACAGUGCGACACAACAAAGGCGAACCGCUCGAUAGGCGAAACUUGUUGCAAUUCCGCACUGCCUAACCGCUCUCCUUCUGCUUUGGCACAACAACCUCCGAGAGGUUUCGCGACCUGCCAAUUUCUGGCUUCCGUUGUCUUAAUUGUUACCCGCAUGCUGGAUCAGUGAAAAGGCUCUGCUAUCGGUCCGGAUGGGAUUCGAUUUCCAAGGACCUGGAAAAGACCGGACAAAAUACCACCCACAAGAUGGUCCGCGCUAGUGCUGUUUUCAGCAAAAAAAAAAACCUUCGACUCCUCCCCACACAUUCCGUUGCAUCAUGGUAGAGGUAAUGCUGGUGCUAGACCAACGUGGGAGGAACAAUCUGCAGCAACAGCAGCAAGCACAACAACGAACAUUGACUACAUCCUAUCCAGCGACACUGUAAACGCCGUGGUACACCGGAAACCGCAUCAAACCGAACAAACUCCUCGGAACUCUGAAACGGCAGUCGCUGAACUCAUCCCACAGCCCAGAACACACCCACAAACCGGUCAACCAUAAUGUCGGACACGGCAUCCAACUAUCGUACAUCAACCUCGUUCACAACCAUGCCCCCGGUGCUGACCGAAAGCCAGAAAGGUUCGGUAGACGACAUCCAGAUCUCGUUGGCCCCGUACAUACAAUCCUACCUGAGCCAAACCGGACGCCGUCACUCGUGCUGUAGCGUCAUGUUGCCGGUUGCGUUCGAACGGGCGGCACCACGGUCCUGGUUUGAUCCACGCUUCGAUUCGCCCGUACUCGAAGGACAGUACCAGGCCAGCGUGUUUCCCCAGCUGCGCCUCAAGUUUCGCUUCGCAUUAUUCUACAUCCUGCUCUGCUCGCUCGUGUGGCUGCUGUACUUCCUGUUUGACGGUGGCCCGACCAGCUUCACGCUGCUGACCGUCUCGAUCGGGCUUAUCUUUCUGUUCGCGCUCGUUGGCCUGUGGGUAACGCGGACCGACCUGUACCGGGCGCACACGAACCUGAUAUCGUCCUUCUGUGCCAUCCUGCUGUGCAUGUUUUCGCUCUUUCUGCUGCUGCUGACCCGCGAAGCGCUCAGCCCGCUCGGUCACUUUUCGAUCUGCAUCGAGAUAGUAAUGCUCAUCUACACGAUCAUACCGCUACCGCUGUGGCUCUGCUGCACCAUCACAAUGGCGUACUCCGUUUGCUUCGAGGUGCUCUCGUUUCUUCACCAGACGCACUACGACUACAACUCGCGCCCGGGUGGCCAACCGACUGCGACACCACUGGCGACGGCAGCCACCAUUAGCCACACCAUGGCACGGCUACUCACGGAGGAGGGUACGGGAAUGGUGGGAGGGGACGGUACCGAUUAUCAACAGUCGGGCGACUCGUUCGUGUACAAGAUCGUGCUCAUUAGGGUGCUGAUCCAGCUGUGCGUACAUCUGAUCGGUAUCCAGAUACUGAUCAUGACGGUGGUCCGUAUGCGGGGCACGUUCAUGAAGGUGGGCCAGAAUCUGCUCGUGCGGCGACAGCUCGAGAUGGAAAAGCAGCUGAAGGAGAAGAUGAUCCAUUCGAUGAUGCCACCGAAGGUGGCUGAUCUGUUGCUCAAGGAGAGUGGUUCGGUCCCGAAAGGUACGAGCUUCGAUCAGUACCCAGCGUCCGCCCAAUCGGCCCCACGCCGUACUACGCCCUCCGAUCUGAAAUCCUUGUUCCGUCCUUUCCACAUGAACCGGAUGGAGAACGUGAGCAUCCUCUUUGCGGACAUCGUCGGUUUUACGCGCAUGUCCUCGACGAAAACAGCCGAACAGUUGGUGGAGAUAUUGAACGAUCUGUUCGAACGAUUCGAUGAUCUGUGUCUGGUGAACGGAUGCGAGAAGAUAUCGACCCUCGGCGAUUGUUACUACUGUGUGUCUGGAUGUCCGGAACCGCGCCCGGAUCAUGCCAUUUGCUGUGUCGAGAUGGGACUGGGGAUGAUUGAAUCGAUCCGGGUGUUUGAUGCGCAACGGAACGAGGGUAUUAAGAUGCGGGUUGGGGUGCAUACGGGUACGGUACUGUGUGGAAUCGUCGGCACGAAACGGGUCAAGUUCGAUGUGUGGAGCAAUGAUGUCACGUUAGCUAAUCGCAUGGAGUCCAGUGGGAAACCGGAUCAAGUGCACGUAUCGGAGGAAACUUGCGGCUUUUUGGGCGAUUCCUACAUCAUUGAAGAAGGCGAAGAAGUGGACGGCCAUCGUACGUACUUCGUACUGGGCAAAAAGCUGGAUCUCGUGGGUUCGAUUACGGAGGGCCUGUCAAGCAUCGGACUGCCAGUGGAUCUGAAUCUACUCGGCGCUUCGUCCUCCCCACUGGACGAGCUACCGUACGCGACGAGCGAAGAAAAUCCGGAAAGUUCCUGCCUGUCCCGUAGUGCCACCAACCUGUCCGGCAUACAGCCAGCCGUACCGCCCGCUUCACCUGCCGGACCCAUCUUUUUCUCCUCACUGCACGCAUCACCCGUAUCGACACCACGGCCGCGCAUCGCAUCCCUAACGAAGAUGACCAAGUUCCUUCGGUCGGCCGUGAAGGGUGAUGCGGGCCGUUUGCUAAACCCGAACCGUGCCGUAAGCGUGCCGGUUGAGAAGCCAAAAAUUAUCAUCAGCACCAAAUCGAUCUCAAACGGUUUCGAUUCGGAGGAGGAGGUGGAGGAUGAAGACGACGACGAGAUGCUGACGGGAGCGGACGGCAAGGGUGGCAAAUGUUUGGCACGGUCCCCGGCUAGCUCGAGACAGUCGACUCUCACCACAGCAGCGACAGCGACGACGGUAGCGAUGCUGAACGAGCGAAGCGGACAUCACCAACACCAUCAUCACCACGCACAGCGUAAAGCUGGAAAGGCGCUGAAGCGCCAGGACACGACGUACACCGCACCGGAUGGUGCACCGGAGUGUAGCAGAAUCUGUGAUAGUAGUAAGUGCUGUGACGAAGAUGUGCCAUGUAUUGAGAGACGUAGCAGCACGCGUACCACCGCCACCACCACCGGCCCGGUCGCCGGCGCCAGUGGUGGUGGUAGCGGUGGUAGCAGCAGUAGCAAUAGCAAUAGCAAUAGCAAUAAUCCGAACAUCACCAACGGGUGCUACCAGCAUGUGCCGAUCGUGAUCGUGACGCCGCGCCCGAGCUGCUACACACUGGACGUAGCGAGUGCGGGUGCAGGCAGUGGUGGAGCGCCGUGCAGCAGCAGUAUUACCAACAGCAACAGUACAGCACCACUACCGACCACAAGCAAUAUGGCGGCCGGACGGGGUCGAGAGUGCGGUCGGACGGUAGGGACGGACGCCCGGGAAAACACGCACACCAGCCAAAGCUCCGUGUUUGAUGAGAUAAUCGACGUACGGUCGUACAUAUCGCAAUCCCGCAGUGACAUCUCGCCAUUUGCACGCACCGGCAGCUACCGCUCACAGGCGGACCGGUCAUCGAUUAUCCACGAGAUUGCACUGUCGGCAGGUGCGGCCGGCAGCAGCAACAGUGGUGGUACGUUUGGACGGCCACGUAGCUCCACCAUCACCACCUCCACCCAUCACACAUGCAACGAAGCACACCAACACGUACGGCACGGGUCGGUCGUGGUGUGCCCCAGCGCUCGGUUACUCGGUGCGGACGGUGCGAGCCUAUCGCCCUCGGCCACAUCCCGCAAAGAUUCCGGCAUACGCUCAAACAGCCGUCGAUCAAGCAUCCAGCAUCAGAUAAUGCUCAUGAGCCAAACGGUUGCUCUAUCGGUGCACCGUGUGUCCGGAUACUUUACCAGCUCCCAAUCGAGCCUGUCCGGUGCGAUCGUUACCUCAGCCACCGGUGAUCCGCCGACGCAGAAACCGAACGGAGGUAUGCGCCUAACCGGCCCGUCCUCUGGGUCAAAGUGUUGCGUCGGCAUUAAAGAACCGCACCCAGAUCCACUAGCCGCCUGUCUACAGCAGCUACGCAAACAGUCCGAUCUGCAGCUGAUACGAUGCGUCCGGGAUAAUGCAAGGUCCCAGCGAAGUUAUCUGGUAAAGCCACCGCUAUUGCCCGUAUCGCUACGCUUCAAAUCACGCCCGAUGGAGCAAGAGUUUCGUUCGAAAGCGCACCGGUUCGGGAGCGAAAGUGGCGAACUCGAGGGUGGUGGUCCACCGACACUGGCGACCCCCAAGUACAACACGUACAUCGACAUGCUCGUGUCGUUUGUCGUGUAUCUGGCCACCUCGACAUCACUGUUCCUGCUGUCACCCUCGGUCUAUCUCGAAUCGUACAAGGUGUGGGUGUGCAUCUUUGUGUUCUUCAGCACGGUGCAGCUGUUUGCGCUGUUCAUCUGCACCAAGCAGGUGUGUCGGCGUACGCGUAAACCCACCGUACGUCGAUCACGCCCCAUGGCAAGCCGCAGCUGCUACGACUGCUUACUGCAGCUCGCCUCCAACUGGUACCCGUGGCAUAUCUGUGGCGGGAUACUAAUGUCCCUGCCGGUUAUCUCCAUACUGUCCAACUUCGCCAUGAUGGAUGUGACGAAGUUUCGCGUGUUUGAGUUCCACUACGGGUUCCUGAUGUACAUCUGCAUUGUGCACUUUUGCAACUUCACGCAGCUGAACUGGUGGAUGCGGAAUGCGAUGGCGUGCAUAACGUCGGCAGCGUUCGUUGGGAUUGCGGUCGGGCAUAUGGUGGAGUUGCAGGCGCUUGAAGUUGCGGUUAGUGUGGCGGCGAACGGGACGACGCUGGCAGGCGUUGCCAAUGGGCGAAGUGAUGAAAUGUUACACCGCGCCCAGUUCGAUUGGUUCAACAACUAUCGGGUGGAGAUAUACGUCGAUCUGUUGCUGCUGUUGGUGUUGGUGUGGUUUUUGAACCGUGAGUUCGAGAUUGGCUACCGGCUAAGCUUUCACGGGAGUGCGGUCGCGAACCAGGACAAGAUACGGGUGCAGAACAUGAAAAAUCAGGCGGACAUGCUGCUGCACAACAUUAUCCCGAAGCAUGUGGCGGAGCAGCUUAAAAAUACGGCCAAAUAUUCGGAAAACCAUCACAACAUCGGUAUCAUCUUUGCGAGCAUCGUCAACUUUAAUGAGAUGUACGACGAAUCGUACCUGGGCGGGAAGGAGUAUCUGCGCGUGCUGAACGAGCUGAUCGGUGACUUUGAUGAGCUGCUGGCCCGGCCCGAGUUUCGGUGCGUGGAGAAGAUCAAAACGAUCGGCAGCACGUUUAUGGCUGCGUCCGGGCUUGAUCCGGGCAGUCGGGGCGAAAAUUUCGAGCAUCUGUACACGCUGCUAGACUUUGCGCUAGCGAUGCAGCAGGUGGUGGAAUCGUUCAACCGCGAUCUGCUCGAGUUUAAUCUGAUCAUGCGGGUCGGGUACAACUUUGGCGAUGUGACGGCGGGUGUGAUUGGGACGAGCAAGCUGUACUACGACAUCUGGGGCGAUGCGGUGAAUGUGGCGAGCCGGAUGGACUCGACCGGUGUGGCCGGUCGGGUACAGGUCGGCAGUGAGUGUGUGCCGGUGCUGGGCGAACGGUACGACUUUGAGCCGCGCGGCAAGGUGUACGUGAAGGGCAAGGACCAUAUGGAAGUGUACCUGCUGGUUGGCAAGAAACCGGACCUACUGGGACCACCAGAACUAGAUAUAGACCCUGUAUAGAGGAUAUCGGAGAAAGCGGAAUGCUUUCUUUUAGUCAGUUUUUUGUUGUUGUUGUUGGUCUGUUGUGACGCUGUAACAGACCUGAAUGCUGGCGAGCAGUAUGGCGGCGAGAAGGAAGCAGUUAGAAUUUUUGACGUUUUUAACGAAUUGGAGGAUGAUUUGCAUUGUACAUCGAAACGUUACUGAGGUCGCCCCGAAAUACGAAAUAGCUAAAAUCGAAGGUUAAUAGCUAAAACGAAAUGGAAAGGUACAACUAGAACUAAAUCCUCUCACGGUGCAUAGAGUGUGUGUUAACUACUCUCUAGGCUAGGAAAAGUCUAGGAACUAAACACACUAAACACACACAGAAUAUAGGUAUUCCCCGAUAUACGCCAAAGUCGAUAUAAGCGAAUUUGAAGUACUCUAAUGUCUGAAAACCGUAUUAACAAAAAACGGAUUAUAUUUUUUGAAUUUGGUAUUGAUAUUAAUAGGAAAUAGUUCCACGCAGUUUAGAUCCACAUUUGAUUGAAAACAAUUUGAAUUUAUAGAAAAAAUAAUUUUACACGCACUCACCAACAUGAAUUUGAACAGAAAACAAAGAAACUUAACGCAUACAUGCAUAUUGAGCGUAAGCAGAAUUUUGAUACACGCGAUUAGCGUUGCCGAUAUUACCGAUACCCGUAUAUCGGGGAAAUACCUGUACCGUGCUGAUGAUUAAUCUCCUAUGGUCUCGAAAAGACGCAACACGAAAUACUGGAUGAGGUUAGUAAGAUUAGCGACACGUCAACUGCACUGAUGUAAACGAUGCACAACUAAGCAGUAAAGGCUUAUAACUGUUUGUGUGUGUGUGUGCGCGCGAAGGAUUUGAAUAAUUAACGAAAAUAGCUACAACUUUACAAUUAAGUCAAAGUACACGCCCGCAUCCUACCAAAUGCAUGCGUACCACGACAGGACAGUGAUCCUCGUAUGGUUUCUCGUUGUAGCCAAUCAAAACGAAUGUACUCCUCCUCUUCUACCGUUUUUUCACUACAGUCAUAUACAAUGUACGUAGGGGCACAUCUCUCAGAGGGUGCCUUUUUUAUUGUUUCCAAGCAGACUGCUGGUCUAUAAGAUCUAUCUAAGCCUAUUCCUAUAUGUGUAGAUGUGUUGCAACAAACGACGCAAACCGGUCCGGUGAUCUAAAGAACUGUUUACAACUAUCAAACACCCUACGAGAUGUUUCGUUGGAUGUAUACAAAGAUACUGAGCGUAACUCAAAAGAAAAACAAAAUCCGGUUCGGGGUUUAAAAUCUCAACCGGACUUUGUCCCGAGUGUGCGUGUGUCUAUGGGUAGUGUUGUGUGCAGGAGUUACCAGAUUCAUGCAAACUUUGACUAUUUGACUCCAGAUAAUCUAGGCAAGCUCAAGAGUCCGUAGUCAUGCAUGUACUUGAACUCGAGGUCAUGCGAGCUCUGGACCUGGAGUUCAUGCUUGCCCAUGUGCAGACGUUCAUGCGAAUUUUUGAGGUGCUAAGCUGGAGUUCAUGUGGUGUCUUUCAGCUGAUAUGAGAUGUUCUGUGAGCUCUUGAACUAGAGAUACGAAUUCUUGAGCUCGCCGUGAUGCGUACUCUGGAGCUGGAGUUCCUGCGAGAACUCGAGGUCAUGCGAGCUCUUGACCUGGAGUUCAUGCGAGUACUGGACCUCAAGUUAAUACGAUUUCCUGAUCUAGAGUUUUAGAACUCGUGUGAGAUUGAACUCAUCGCCUAGUUCAUGUGCUCGAAGUUAUGCGAGCUCUUGACCUGCAGUUCAUGCGUCCACUGGAGCUACAUCAUAAUUUUUUGCGAAUUCCUGGUCCAGGAUAAAGGAUCUAGGAUUGCGAGCUCUUAAUCUCGAGUUGAUGCAAGUGCUGGACCUUAUGUUAAUGCAAAAUUCCUAAUCCUAGGAAUAAGAGACUCACGCGAGCUUGGGCUCAUCUACUAGUUCAGGAACUCGCAUUAACCGUUUACGAGUUAACAUGACUUCACAUCACGCUCCUUGGCAUAACACUAGCUAUGGAUGGCACAAAGAAAAAUUAAAACCAUUACAUCACCUGACCUGAGGAACGAAAUAAGCAGACAGUGUUACAAACUAAGAUUCCCUUUCUAACAUCAGCCUUACCCUUGUAGCUUGUUGGUCAUCCUAUCAUCCUAGUCCCUCAGAUUUCCUCCCCACAAUCUAACCUAACACGUGGUGUUUGUGCUGUGCUGUGUAUGUGCGUCGCUUCCUAGGUGUGCCUGAAGCAUUUUACCGCGCAGUGUCAACCACGUCUUCGGCUAGUAACACUUAUUGCUGUCAAGGUUUCGGCCUAUCAGAACCACUUCGGUCCUGAUGUAUGCCACCGCUAGGUGUCGCUGAAUACGCUUAGAGAUAAACUAGAUCUUCGUUUCCAUUUUGCCCGGGGGGAGAAUUGUGUGUACGAUCACAGAAAUGGAUUGCGGAGGAGUUUUUUAACAUAUACAUAUACAACUAUUACCGAACAACACGUACAAACAUACACACGGACACACAUCUCUUGCGGAAUGAUAGAAUGAGCGUAUGCAAAACAACGCCAACGGAACAGGAAACAAAUGCAAAACAAAAAGAAAACCUAAGGAUACUAUAUUACGUACGUGCCUUCUCUCUUUGGACUAGUUAUUACUUUACAUUACUUCCACUCACAAAAGGAGUGUUUAAAAUGUACCCAUACACACACACACACACACAUACACCCCCCCCCCCCGCAUACUCCUUCCUUUAUAUCCAGAUCCUUCUCUCCCUUUCUCUUAUAUCAUCUAAAAUGGGGGUGACAUGUGAUUGUGUGUGUGUGUGUAGAACAGAGAGAACAGAUUUCAUUUUACAUACUCCUCCAUUAAGGUAUCUUUAGCAAACGGAAAUAUUAACGGAAAUUGCAAUAUUUACUUUAGGAAACGAUGCGAUAUUAGCCGCUAGAGAAGGCGUAGCGAAAGUGGAUCCUUUCGGUGGGAUGCGCCCGUGCUCACCGACGUGCCAACGUGUAAAUACUAGUUUCGUUACGUUGUUUUUGCUUAAUAAUUUAUAUAACCUCUUUCGUUCUUCAUGUUUCCGUUUCGCUUUUAUUCGCGCGCGGUCCGUGAAUCCGCGCUCGAUUGUUUUUAAGUUCGCGACAGUUUGAGCGGGAACAGGAAACCAAAACCAAAAUCAAAAAAUGGCGUCGACAGACACGUGGCGUGGUUAGUUAGUUAACAAGUAGAGCGCGGUUGUAACGGUCACCGUGCAACAGAUUUCAAAGCAUACACACACUCACAUAUAUAUACAUAGAUAA